AUGGAGACGCGGCCGCGGGGACAGGGAGCACCUGCGGGUGGCCGCGUUCUCCUUUCCCCGCCGGAGCGGGCGGGACCCGCCUGCCCGAGGCCUCGGAAGGCUGCCGGCUGCGGGUCCUGCCCUGGCGCCGAGCGGGUUCCAUCACUGAAUGAUGUUCCUGUACACUACCUAAAGCCCAACAGUUUAGUGAAAUUUCGCUGCAUGGUCCAAGAUAUGUUUGAUCCUGAGUUUUACAUGGGAGUGUACGAAACUGUUGACCCAAACACAAAUGCACGUGUUUUGCAUUUUGGCAAAUACAGAGAUGUGGCAGAAUGUGGGCAUUUUGUUUCUACAAGCAAACAAAACCUUCACUUUGCUUCAUAUUUCUCAACUGAGUCUGUGGUUGUCCUUAAUCCACAAUGUUACGCAUAUAUCAGUGCAAGCCAAGCUCGAGUCAGCCCCUCAACAUCCUACACACCAAGUCGCCAUAAGAGAAGCUAUGAGGAAGAUGAGGACAUGGAUCUACAUCCAUCUAAACAGAAAGAGCAACAUAUGGGCAGUGGAGGUGAUAUCCAUGGAUGUGUGGAGCCAAAGAGAUUAGAAACAGAAGCUUCUGCAGGUCAUCAUCUCAUUUCUCCCAACUGCUCCCCUCCACUUGACUUAAAUUUUCCAUUGCCAGGAGAGAAGGGACCAGCAUGUCUUGUAAAGGUCUAUGAGAGCUGGGAUAGCUUCAAAGUCAAUGAUGUUCUGGAGGUAUACGGCAUUUUGUCUGUGGAUCCAGUGCUGAGCAUAGUAAACAAUGAAGAGAGGGACAGCUCAACCCUCAAUGCUGUGGAGUCUAUGGACACGGCGGAGGAACAGAGAGUGCACAGUCCUCCAGCCUCAUUAGUUCCCAGAAUCCAUGUGAUUUUGGCACAGAAAUUACAGCACAUUAACCCAUUACUGCCUGCCUGCCUUAAUGAAGAGGAAAGUAAAACUUUUGUGUCUAAUUUCAUGUCGGAGCUGUCACCAGUGAGAGCAGAGUUGCUUGGGUUCCUCACCCAUGCCCUCUUGGGAGACAGUUUGGCUGCUGAAUACCUUAUAUUGCAUCUCAUCUCUACAGUUUAUGCAAGACGAGAUGUGCUCCCUCUGGGAAAAUUCGCAGUCAACCUGAGUGGAUGUCCACGGAAUAACGUCUUCACGGAGCACGUAUACCGCAUCAUCCAGCAGCUUGUGCCUGCAUCCUAUCGCCUGCAAAUGACCAUUGAAAACAUGAACCACGCACGAUUCAUCCCACAUAAGGACUACACAGCGAAUCGCUUAGUCAGUGGAGUGUUACAGCUUGCCAGCAACACUUCCCUUGUCGUGGAUGAGACUCAGCUCGAGCAAGGGCAGCUUGACACAAAAGGUGUCCAUAACGUGACAGCACUGGGUAACCUGAUCACUUGGCAGAAGGUGGAUUAUGACUUCAAUUACCACCAGAUGGAAUUCCCGUGCAAUAUUAAUGUUCUUAUCACUUCUGAGGGUCGAUCGCUCCUACCGUCAGAUUGUCAAGUCCACUUACAACCACAACUCAUCCCCCCGAACAUGGAGGAGUACAUGAGCAGCCUCCUCACAGCAGUGCUCCCUUCUGUCCUGAACAAGUUUCGCAUUUACCUCAGCUUGUUGAGGCUGCUGGACUACAGCAUCUCUGACGAAGUGACCAAGGCAGUAGAAGAAGACUUUGUAGAAAUGAGGAAGAACGACCCUGAGAGCGUAACAGCUGAUGACCUGCACAGAACACUGCUUGUAGCAAGGUUCCUGUCUCUCAGCGUGGGGCAGACAACGCUAUCCAGGGAGAGGUGGCUGAGAGCAAAACAACUGGAGGCCUUACGGAAAGCCAGGCUGCAGCAGCAGAAAUGUGUCAAUGGGAAUGAACUUUAACGCUCUGUGGAUGUCGCUAUGAGUUUGUCUAAUCCUAGAUGGAAUCCCCCUACUAAGAUUGGAAUAUUGUUUAUACCAGUUUUUGUAGAUAAUUUAUACCAAAAGAAGUUAUGGCUAUUUACCCUCCCAGGCUGAGCACACGUAACCCCGUUCAGCCGGUUCACCAUAUUUUAUGACCUUUUUUUGGAGCCUGUUUUGUAAUUGAAAAUUGGUAACAAUGAGCAAAUUGUUUGAUAUUAAACUUUAAUACUGAA